AGCCAUUUUGGCUCAAGCGAGAGGCCCAGAUCCAGGCGCAUCUCAGUGAAACGGACUUAGCGCCUAGCCCAGGGCAGCGGCCAUUUUGGGCCCAAUCAUGUUGAACGAGCGUAUCUGGCUUAUCAUACUUAUCCCUUUCAACUGCCUGACGUUCGUUGUCAUUGUCUGGCGGUUUCGCAGCUCUGGGCUGUUUGGUUUCUUCCCGCGGUGGGGCUCAGUCUAUGAUCAUUUCAAUGCUACGGCAAAGUGGCUGCUCUUCAUGUCACCACCGCACCCGUUACAUCGUCAAUUGAAGGAUAUGGCAGACAAGCGACUCUCAGAGCAAGUGGUUUGGGGGUGCCCCAGGAUACUCGUCUUUGCCUUCUGCUAUAACAUAGGUCAACUGGUGCAAAUGAUAUGUCCUCAGCGGUGCGCCUCGGCAACGCGGCACUGACUACAUUCCUGAUGGCAGGGACUCUCAAGCCAAGGUUGUUCACCCCGAGUGUCGUGUUCUUGUUCCACGUUCUCCUGUAUAUUGUCGUCUUAUACCUUGCGAUUACUGCCGAAAACAGCGUCGCUUUCUUGAAAGCCAGCCCAGUGAGAAUCUGCGAACGUCUCGCAGUGAGUAUUGUUCAUUGCAGACCUAGAGUGACUCUUAUGUUAGGUCUUAUGUACGUCGCAGGUGUUUCGCCAGUGUAUGAACCCGCCGACACGCGUCAGGAGUUGAUAGUGUCGCUCCUUGUGCUCGCCAUAACAGCUUCGGUCAGAAAGUCCCGCGACGCGGAGUUUUUGGCAGUGUUGGAGGCAGAGACUUCGCGAAGUGUUGAGUCCAUAGCGGGCGGUCUCUUGUCAAGUGUGUGCGACGCGGUGGUGCAUAUGUCGCGAGAUUUUCGGUUUUCGAAGCCGGCCGCACAUCUUGCCACACUGCUUCUCAGAUCGCCCACAACGAUGGGUGUUGGUGUCUCAUUUGUUGAUCUAGCGGUUGACGCGUCGGAGAAGGACCGUUUGACUGCAUUCUUGGAGCGACCAAUGUCUGAUACUAGCACGGUUCACGUUUCGUUGAAAGAUUCAUGGGGCAUGAUUGUAAAGUUUCAGUUGUUCCACGCCCACGGUAUUGACAUAGACGACGAGCCGAUUCACAUAGUGGGUUUGAAGGAAGAUUCCGAAGAGCUCCGGACGCCGCCUGAGGGCAAGCUUCGCGAUAGCCAGGUGAUACCGCCUUGUAGCCUUUUAGCAGGAAUCUCGGAGGACUCGAUCAGCGUUUCAGGGAGCUCCUCUUCUGGUGUACUGAUCGGAACCGAGUGCGGGGGGAUGACUGUCCAUAUCAACCCAGAAGUCCACGGUUUGCCUAUCUUGCAGUGCUCCGCCGAGUUCUUGAGUCUGAGUGGACCUCUAUGCGAAGGCGCAGGGUUGCUGCAGUGGGUCGUCAAUCGCGACGCGUUUAUGGAGUGGGCAGAGGGAGCUUACAACAGUAGCAUGGAUAAUCACGAGUUUGGCGACGGUGCCCAUGAUGAAGAGCUCUGCGUGGCGCCAUUCAAUGUCCGUCUCGUGCUGCCUCACAUGGGCUAUAGAGUCCGCGAAAUAUCUGCGAACGUACUGUUGAAAUUGGAUGUCGCAGAGGAUGGCGGCAGCGACGUGACCCCCUCUAUACGAACCCUGCUGGUGCUGGAGGACGUUGUCUUCGUCCGCAGUGCAUCCCGCAGAGCAUCCUCCUCGACGAGGCGCACUGUGAGAGGCGGAAGCCGUCAACGGUCUUGACACUGUAACAUUUGUCCAGGCGUCCACCUUCGAUCAAUUUCUCGUCGGUCAGCAUGCCGCGUCGUCUCGCUUCUGCUCGCGCCUGUUUCACACCAGUUUUGCAGCGAGCACGCCCUCCAGGGGCCCAGGCGCAGGAGGCCCCUGCAUCAAUGCAUCCCGGCCGCUUCCUCCAUUCUACCCCGCGAACGGUUAUCACGGGGUCCGCAGACACCCGUUUCCCUUCGUAAGGCGAGGGUGCAGGGUGUUUAGCGUAACAUGCUUCAUCAUCUCCCAAACCAGCAAUCGCGGGUGCGUAGCGGGGGGGAGGGGGCGCUUCGCGCCAUCUGGCAGCACACCAGGUUCGCGUGAUCAAAACGGAAACCCAGAGCAGGAGGGCGGGGAACAAUACUGCCAGCCUUGGUGUUUCACCCUUUUGUUUCCUCUUGCUCUUCGAGCAAGCAGUGCACGCGGGCUCGGAAGAGCAACCAUUUUCUGUCAGGUGUUGUGCUCGUUUGCCCACGAGGAGGCCGACCUUGCCUGGGUCAGGGCCCAAGGCGAGGCUUCGACGCGUCAGUCCGGCCCCCUCGAAGGGAACUCGGAUUCAGACGCGUCCGAUGUUUGUUCGGCCCCGUUCGAUGGGUCGAGGCCGCCUCACUUGAAGCUCCUCCUCCUCCUCCCUCCACACUUGUUGCCGAUUCUCCGUAUCCGAUGGAAAUGGGGUGGCAAGCAGGAGCGCUAGGGACAUGAGUGAGGCCCGCAGUGUGAGCUUCUCUUUUUGCGUGUCUGUAUUUUUUUGUGCUCGUGAAUCGUGUGCCGCUGCAACAGGAGUAUUGUGAGUUUAAGUCUGCCCGUGGAAGAGAAACGUCGGAGAUUUGUUGUUAGUAUUUAGCUGACCAUUGCACGGCUGGCCGCUGCAUGAAUUUUUUGGUGUGACCUCGUCCCAGUUUCGAGGAAGUCGCUGCUUCUCUUAGUUUUGGUGCAAUAAACGGGGAUCCCUCCUGCGGUCGCUUCGUCCCUCCUCCCUCCUCUCGCCCUUCCCGCUCCUCCUGGGCCGUGGGCCUCUCCUGCCCCCCUCGGGGGCCAUCCCUGGCUGAGGGCUGUGUGAAAUGCUCCCUCCUGGGCGUCCGCGUGCGGACGCCUAGGGGCGCGCCUUCGCCUCCUUUGGCCAGGUAUGGCGCCUGCUCGCCCUUGGUCUCCCGCGUCGUUGCUGCUUGCUGGUGGAUCCCGCGUGCACCUGUCGGCACGGGCCGCACACGGGCUACCGAAACUCGGGCCAUGCCGUUCGUGUCCCACGUGUCGUGUGGUGCCGAGCUUACAGCAAUCGGCGGGACUCGCAUGCGUGACAGCGUUUGUCUUGGCACACCGACUGCGUGCCCUGCUGUUCUCCCCAAGGCCGGGUCGACAGCCGCUCAGAUCAGCUGUGGAUGGUUACAGCUGUAGCCCGUUGCGGCUGACCCCUGCGACCCCAGCAUUGUGGACGACGAUCAACGAAGAGGAAACAUGUUGCCA